ACCUCCACAAUCCCUCAGGCUCAAGGUCUCUAGUUUGUGGUUGCAAGCUCUCCUGGGUGAAAGUCCGCCAUUCACUUCCCAGUCCAUUGCUACUACGUCAGCAAGAUGGUGGUAGACGCAUUGCAGCGUCCACACUUUACUUCUCCAGCUGUAAACAUGAUGCUGCUGCUGCUGAUCCUACCACUGCUGUCACCACAGAUUGAUGGCCAGUCGCAGCGUGUGGUGGGCCAGAAGAAGGACAGCUCAUGUUUAUGUGAGGUGAACUCCAACUUGUGGUCGUUCCCUGCUGAGCAUUACGGGGCCGUGGUGCAGCAGCUUCAGUCCUGUGACGGAUCUUUGGGCAAACUGCAGGAAAAGGUGGUGUUGUCCAACCAGCAUCUCCCAAAGAUACAAGCUGUGAUUAAGAAUGUGACAGAAAGGCUGGAGCCUUACCAGUAUCUGCACGCCCAGGGCUUGUACACAGAACUGUCUCUGCACGUUGUGGGCCAGGAGCUUAGCCAGCUAGAGACAGACAUCGGUGACCUCCACAACCGGUUCAACAACGCCCAAACAGAGAAACUCUCCAAAGAGGUGGGUAAACUGCGUACAGAUGUAGACAGGAGAAAAAAUGCAAACACAAUUAACAUGAAGAGUGUCAAAGAGAAACUGCGUUACUUGAAGAAUCGUGCUGAGUCCUGCAGGUCCAUCCCCAAAGACCAUAUAGGUAAAUACACGUACUGCUUCAAAGGCCUGAUCUCCAACAUUAGUGACCCUGUCAUGACUAAGAUCAAUCCCUAUGGUAAGAGCUAUGUCGCUGGUUCUUGGGGAAAACAGGCCGAAAUGGAGAGGGAUGGGGAGAAGGACGUCUACUGGGUUCAGACUAUGCUCAGCGGCAACAUCCAUGGCAACACCCUGCGUGUAUACGAUACCUACGAAGACUUCAUGACCUCCACCAACAACAGAGACUUUACCAUUGCUCCAUCCUACAGUAACCCCAACACCAUUGAGGGUCCCAGUGCUGUUCUAUACGGCGAAGGAUUGUUUUAUAACUGUUACCGAUCUGCAGAUGUGUGCCGCUACGACCUGAAAGGCAACACCGUCAAGCGGGUGACACUUCCAGGCACCGGCGUGGGUUUCAACAACAAGUUCCCUUAUUGUUACUACGACUGCCGUCUCAAUAGUGACGUGGACGUGGAGGCAGAUGAGACGGGACUAUGGGCCCUAUAUGCCACCCUUGGUAACCAUGGUAAUCUAGUGGUGAGCCGGCUAGUUUGGGACAGUGAGGCUGAGACAAUUAAUGUCACACAGACGUGGGAGACGAACCAGUUCAAGAAGGCAGUGAGCAAUGCUUUCAUGGUGUGCGGUGUGCUCUAUGCCACUCGUUAUGUGGACGAAUACCGCGAGGAGGUGUUCUACGCCUUCGACACAGCAACAGGCAGAGAGGACAACUCACUAGCACUGCCGCUGGAGAAGGUAGCUAAAGGAGUGGCUAGCCUGAGCUAUAACCCCACCAACAAGCAGCUCUACAUGUACAAUGAUGGAUAUCUGCUGGCUUACCAGGCCUCCUUCUGAUCUGUAUUCAGCAAUGUCACGUAAAAUGUAACCCUCCUGUUAUGUUGCGGGUCAAAUUGACCCAUUUCAAAGUUUAAAAAUCUAAAAAAAUUGUUAAAAGUAUUUUUUCACAAUAAGAAAAAAAAAUGUUAAUGUAAAAUACAUUUUAAAAAUAGUUAAAAAUGUUUUCAUGAAAAGACAAUAAUUAAAAUUGUAAAAUAAAAAAUACAUUUUGAAUAAAAAAAAUUAAAAAUCAAUGCCGUGCAAAACCAUUGCAUUUUAUAUGUAGGUCUUUCUUAUCUAUAUUCAAAAAAGUUUUAACGUGCAUUUUUUUUAAUGAAAAACCAGUGAAUUAUCUCCAUUGAACCAUGAUCUGCGAGAGUUAAAGAAAACCAUUGAUAAGUAAAUGAUGAACUAUAAACAAUGUUUAUUGGGAGUUUUUGGUUUCUGACACUUUUGGAUAAUUAAACAAAUCGACCCAUGAACAUUAAUGCUGUUCCUGAGAAACAAUAACAAUAACAGAAGGGUUAAAACAAGAAAUAACAGAUGAAAAGACCGUUCUUCAUUCUAUGUAUAAUACUAGCAGUAAGGUACUCCGUAUUGUUAGGAUUUGUUGGACAUAUCACAUACUGUUUGUUGUUUUGAAUGUUUGUAAUAUGACACAUAAUGUUAUAAAGCUAGAAGGUCAAUAAAAAACAAAAAAUAUAACAAAUAAUAAAUGUAAUGAUUAACUCUGACAGAAUUUUUACAAUAAAAAACAAGGUCAGCAUGUUGGAGUAAAGUAUUCAGAUCUCUUUAUUUAAAA